AUGGAAAAAUUUGGAUUCCAGAAAGUCGCUAACAACCCUGGGCCUGGUCAGCCAUUCAUUAACCAUAAUCAGCCGCCACCAAGACCAGAACAUCCACCGGCAGGAACGCAACAACCACCAAGGACUUUCAGUCGUAAAAAACUUAUCACUGCAAAUUGUUCAUCUAAUCAAGUUGCAUUAUCGAAUAAAGUUGGUGUUAGUCCAAAUGACUUUGCCGAAGUUCCUGAUUCAUCAACGGUAGUUCUUGAUGGUAACUUUGUUUACUCAAUCUAUAAGGAUGCCAAUAUGCAACAAGGACAAAUUGGGUUGGCUGGUAAUGUACGUCCAUGGGGUAGAUGGUCUUUAGGUCAACCCGUUACAGUUGAACCAUACAAUAUUUUUGCAAAUGGUAAUUCAAACUAUUUGGGAGCAAUUGACUUAUUUGUUGACUUUAGACAAAAAUCAAAAGCAAAUUCAAGUCCAAUAAAUCAUGAAGAAUUAAUUAAAAUAUUCUUAUCAAAUCACGAAAAUAUGAUUUUACAACCAACUCAACCAUUGGUAAUGGACUUUAGAGGUUUAAUUUUAUCAGUCUAUGUAAUUGGAUGUCAAGUGAUUGAUUUGAAUAAUAUUCAAGCAACAGCUACCAUGCUGGAAGAUUUAUCAUCAAAAGGUAUAUUAAUCAAACAAACAGCUAUUAAUUUCUAUCCACAAGAAGGUUCAAUUAUCAAUCUUAUAAAACCAAAAGGUUCAAAAUCUUCAAAUCAUGCUAAUAAAAAUAGAGCCAAUCAACUUAUUAGACCAGAUUUUAAAUUAGAUCAAAUGGGUAUUGGUGGUUUAGAUCAAGAAUUUCAACAGAUUUUCCGUCGUGCUUUUGUUAGUAGAAUUGUUUCACCCGAUUUAGUCGAUAGUUUGGGUCUUCGUCAUGUUAAAGGGUUAUUAUUAUAUGGACCACCAGGUACUGGUAAAACAUUGAUUGCUAGACAAAUUGGUAAAAUGUUAAAUGUUAAAGAACCAAAAAUUGUUAAUGGUCCUGAAAUGUUAAGUAAAUAUGUUGGUUCUUCAGAAGAAAAUAUUCGUAAUUUAUUUAAAGAUGCUGAAGCCGAAUAUAAAACCAAAAAGGAAAAUUCUCAAUUACAUAUUAUUAUAUUUGAUGAAUUAGAUUCAGUUUUCAAACAAAGAGGUGGUGGUAAAGGUGAUGGUACUGGAGUUGGAGAUAAUGUUGUUAAUCAAUUAUUAGCCAAGAUGGAUGGUGUUGAUCAAUUAAAUAAUAUUUUAAUCAUUGGUAUGACCAAUAGAUUAGAUUUAAUUGAUAAUGCUUUAUUAAGACCUGGUCGUUUUGAAAUUCAAAUUGAAAUUUCAUUGCCUGAUGAAAAAGGUCGUAAAGAUAUUUUAUUAAUUCAUACUAAAAAAAUGAAGGAUAAUGAAUUAUUAGGAAAUGAUAUAGAUUUCGAUGAAAUUGCAGCAUCUACUAAGAAUUUCACGGGUGCUGAAUUAGAAGGUUUAGUUAAUAGUGCAACUUCAUUUGCAAUUAGUGAAUAUACCAAAUCAGAAAAUAUUGCCCAAGUUGAUGAAAAUGUUGCCAAGAUGAAAGUUAGUAGAAAACAUUUCUUUCAAGCUUUACAAGAAGUUAAACCUGCUUUUGGUGUUAACGAAGAAGACUUAACUGGUAACUCACCAUAUGGUAUAAUUCCAUAUAAUCAUCGUGUGAAUGAAAUAUUUGAUAAAUUACAAUCAUAUAUUGAAGAAGUUAAGAAUUCAUCAACUGAAAGAUUAAUUUCUGUUCUUUUACAUGGGGAACAGGGAGUUGGUAAAACUGCAAUUGCAAGUUAUUUAGCAUUAAAAUCCGAAUUCCCCUUUAUCAAAAUGUUAAGUGCUGAAAGUUUAGUUGGUAUGUCUGAAGCAAUGAAGAUUGCAACCAUUGAUAACAUUUUCAGAGAUAUUUAUAGAUCUCCAUUGAAUGUAUUGGUUAUUGAUAAGAUUGAAACUUUAAUUAACUAUGUUCCUAUUGGUCCUAGAUUUAGUAAUGAAAUUUUACAAAUGUUAAUUGUUAAUUUGAAUAAAAAAGCUCCUAAUGGACGUCGUUUAUUAAUUAUCGGUACUACUUCUCAGUACUCAGUCUUGAAGCAUAUGAAUUUGGUUGAGAAUUUCACCAAAACUAUUGAAAUCAAAAAACUUACCAAGAUUGAAGAAAUCUCAAUCAUUAUGAAACAUUUGAACUUUAUGAAUGAACAAGAAAGAUCAAUCAUCACCAACCAAUUAUCUUCCAUCGGAGAUGGUCAAAUUAAUAUUGGAGUGAAAAAGUUGAUUCAAGUCUUGAUGAAUUGUCAAUAUUUGAAGACUGACGUCAACGGGGUUGUUGAAAAUAUCUUAGAAGCCCAAUUAAGUUAAAUUUAGAGAUACUAUACAUCAAUAUACAAUCUUAAAACCUCUUUUAUGUGAAUGUAAGCGAUAAAGCGAUUAUCUUUUAUUAAGAGGGGGCCCCCACGCAUUUUAUCAAGGGGGUGUGAGAUCUCAAAUCUAAUCUGAAAGAUCUAGUAGUACAGCUCAUUAGGACUUGAAAAUGUUAACUAUAUAAUCGCAACGGUGAUGAAUCGAGUCUUAUCCUAUCAGUGGG